AUGGAACUGGGUUUGGAUUCGCUAAAUCUUAUGGAUUUUGUAGAAUUCCUAAACAACAAAUACUUCGCCAACAUUCAGAUUCAAACGACGGACAUCUUCGACUAUCCUACCAUCGAGCAGCUUGCUGAACAUAUCCGGAAGAAAGUGAUGAAUAAACCAAGUCAGAAACUGGCUAAGCCUCUGAGUGUAAUGGAACCGACAUCAGCGAAAGAAGAAACGGAAAAUCAAGUUUCAUCAACUAAAUGGGAAAAGCAUUCACGUAUACGAGAAAAUUUACCCAUUGAUGGUGUACUCAACAAAGUCAUAAGAGCUACUCGAGAAGUUCUUCCUCACGAACUUGUGGUCAACGCUACCUCUUUAUCAACGGGAUUUAUGGAACUGGGUUUGGAUUCGCUAAAUCUUAUGGACUUUGUAGAAAUUCUUAACAACAAAUACUUCCCAAAUAUUCAGAUUCAAACGACGGAUAUAUUCGAUUAUCCCACCAUUGUACAGCUUGCUGAACACAUUCGGGGAAUUGCGCAACCUCGAACGUUUCAUGAUAAGUUGGGGGAACCUCUAAAAGAGGUGAUUCAACAAAGCUCACCAAGACUUGCAAAUCAAAACAGUUCAAGAAAGUUUCCCAACGGCCAUAUAAACCAUAGACAAAAGAUGGAUGUCAGCCACGAUACAGCCAUGAAAUCAGUGGAACACAGGCAAAAUGGAUUCGUUUCUCAGAGGCCAUUUGAUAGAUCUCCGGGCGAAGCGAGUAGGGCAUUGGACGUUGUUUUCAGUGAGUACACUGCUGUGAGUAAACAAACCUCAGAUCAGUUAUUACCUUCGUCUUCCACAAGCGUAGUUUCGGAUAGCAUCAAAGAAUUAGAUCAGCAAACGAAUGGAUAUUUCCCAACAACAACGUCAUUUUCGAAUGAUGUUUUUCCGUCACUUACGGGAGAGAUUCCUCAUGGUAUUGAGACACCAAAACACCUCAAAAUUAACGGUACUUAUUCCGACACGCUUCCCACCUGCUUAGACAACGAGAGAAGAAAUCUUACUGCCUACACUGCGACUGCCGACGACGUCGAUGUACAGGCUGACUAUCUACUGUCAUUCACCAGCACAGCUCUUCUUUCGUUGAUUUGCCUUCGCAGCCAGGAAGAGCUGCUUAUGGACCUCUCAGCAACUUCUACACCGGAGCAACUGUCGAAAUUUAUCAAUAAAGGCUCAGUCAUAGCUUUUAACGCGACCUGCGACGUCAGUCCUCAGGUGCUUUUCCAGUUUCUGCUUUCUUUCUCUCGGCUGCUCAUCAGAAAUGGUACAGAGGUGAAAUUCUUCGUUUGUAACACGUAUUCACCCACCAAUGCCCUAGCCCGUAGCUUUUUCAUGACGUUAGCGGCGGAGAAGUUCCCGAAAAUUCGAUACAUCCGGUGCGAGCGCUUCUGCUCAUUCGAAAUAUCCCGACAAGAUCUGGCGCCCAAAUUAAGAGGAAGCUGGUUGAUCACAGGAGGAUUGUCUGGCAUAGGCUUCACCGUAGCAAAGUGGUUAGCUCAAGAAUGUCAGGUCGAAAACCUACUACUCAUCAGUCGCCGCUCUCCGGAUGAGACGUUAUUGCAGGAAGUGGAGGAGCUAAGAAAAACCUGUAAAGUACAUAUUAUUAGCGCCAGUAUCACCGAUCAUGCCACCAUGUCCACUCUCUUCGCUAAUCUCACCUUCAAAAUCAACGGCGUCAUCCACAGCGCUGGCAUAUUGCGUGACGCGGCUCUUGAAGGCCAAAGCCCCGAGAGAUUCAAGGAGGUUUUCGCACCAAAGGGAGAUGGAUUUGACGUGCUCGAAAAGUUACUCACCGACUACGGCCACCACUUAGACUAUUUUAUAGUCAUGUCAUCGAUAACCGCCAUCUGCGGUAAUGUCGGUCAACUCAACUAUGCUGUAGCAAAUGCCUAUCUUGAUCAUAAGAUAUACACACGCCGAAGGAACGGUCUAGUAGGAACAACAAUCCACUGGGGUAACUGGCUAGAGACUGGCAUGGCAAUAAAUGCACAGAAAAAGCUGCGAAGUUUGGGCUUUCUAGGCCUUACCACAGACGAAGCUUUGGCAUUCAUGAGAUAUGUUGUCAAGUACAAGCCAGUGGAAAUAGUUGCAGCGAAGAUUGACUGGUCCACGUUGUUCAAAAGGCGUCCAGACAUGGAUCCCAGCAUGGUGUCACCACAAAGACUGGGAAAUCAUACGUCUAUCCAUCAAAGCGAAAAUAUGGUGGAGUCUGCUGUACAGAACUUCAUAGUGCCAAAACAAAGACAGUGUACAGAAUUUGGAAAACUUACAACUCAUGGGGAGCAACUUCGUGAUAAUGCUGUAGCCAGUACAGCGCCAUCGCAUGACCGCAUCACCGAACCAGAAAAUCGCUGCCCAGUUUUUGGUUUGAAUAUCUUUUAUGACGAUGAAAUCGACUUUCAAAGCUCUAUAUCUGAGCAUAUUGAAUACCUAACAAAACCACUGCGCUGUCCUUCAGUUUACAAAAGGUCAAAACUUCUCGCUUCUCAUGUCACGGGCAACUCGAUACAU